CAAGCAAGGGCCAGCCUCAAACAGAGCUGGCUGCCAGGCUGCUGCUGCAGGUAACCCCUUCUCCUUCCAGGGCCACCGCCAUGCCCUCUGCGCCUGCAGCAGUGCCCUGGGCCUUGGCAGCCCCCAACGCCACGGUGUCAGCCAACAGCAGUGUGCCAGAGACCUCUCUCUUCCACCUGUUCGCCCUGCUGGACGAGGAGCUGUACUCGGCCUUCCCAGGCCUCUGGCUGGCGCUGAUGGUGGUGCACGGGGUCAUCUUCCUGGCCGGGCUGGUGCUCAACGGGCUGGCCUUGUACGUCUUCUGCUGCCGCACCAGAGCCAAGACGCCGUCGGUCAUCUACACCAUCAACCUGGUGGUGACUGACCUGCUGGUGGGCCUGUCCCUGCCCACGCGCUUCGCGGUCUUCUACGGUGCGCGGGGCUGCCUGCGCUGCGCCUUCCCGCACGUCCUGGGCUACUUCCUCAACAUGCACUGCUCCAUCCUCUUCCUCACCUGCAUCUGCGUGGACCGCUACCUGGCCAUCGUGCAGCCCGAGGGCUCCCGCCGCUGGCGCCAGCCCGCCUGUGCCAGGGCUGUGUGCGCCUUCGUGUGGCUGGCCGCUGGCUCCGUGACCUUGUCGGUGCUGGGGGUGACGGCAGGCGGGCGGCCCUGCUGCCGCGUGUUCGCGCUGACCGUGCUGGAGUUCCUGCUGCCGCUGCUGGUCAUCAGCGUGUUCACGGGCCGGAUCGUGUGCGCACUGUCGCGGCCAGGCCUGCUGCGCCAGGGCCGGCAGCGCCGCGUGCGGGCCAUGCAGCUGCUGCUCACGGUGCUCGUCAUCUUCCUCGUCUGCUUCACGCCCUUCCACGCCCGCCAGGUGGCUGUGGCGCUGUGGCCCAGCGUGCCGCACCACACCAGCCUGGUGGUCUACCACGUGGCCGUGACCCUCAGCAGCCUCAACAGCUGCAUGGACCCCAUUGUCUACUGCUUCGUCACCAGUGGCUUCCAGGCCACCGUCCGUGGCCUCUUCCGCAGGCACGGAGCAGAGUGUGAGCCCAGCAGCGGCGACGUGGUCAGCAUGCACAAGAGCUCCAAGGGCUCGGGCCCCCAGAUCCUUCUCAGUGCUGGUCCUCGUGCACUCACCCAGGCCCUCACCAAUGGGCCUGAACCUUAGGUCAGCAGCACUCUGCCAGGGGCCAAAGGUCAGGGCUUGGCCGGGUGGCCAGCCCAGACACCUGCUGGGCCGGGGCAGCAAACUGGUCUCAUUUGGAUGGACUGCAGAUGGGUACCAGG